GAGGAAGCAGCGUCAUCAGCUGUUGCUGAGUACAAAGAAAUCUAACUUUGGCAAGUUGUUUUUAUUCUAAAUUAUGUGUUCUUGAUUAAAUUAAUUGUUUAAAAGUGCGCAAUGUAUGACUUAAAGCCUAUAGGUGUAGAAAACCCCAGCAAAGUAAUGGAAAACAAGGAACUUAGUGAGAAAAACAAGGACGCCGGUAAUAGCGCGGACGCCGUUCCCAAUAAGAAGCAAAAGCUGGAUGAAAGGGAAGAGUGUGAGACAGGAAGAGUGCAACAACAAAAGUGCUUGAAAGGAGACACCUGUAGAUGCUCUCAACUGGAGGCGGAGCCCAUUAAGGACAAUCGCCAGCUAUGGGAUUUCCAAGUUCGGAGCAAGGACAUCGACUGGCGGCAAUAUGUCCAACCAAUGGAUACCACAAUUCGAUCGGGAGCUGUCUAUCUGGAGCGCCAGGCGGACUUUGUGGGCAGCCAUCGGGUGGCAGUGACCGAAGAUAAUCGCAGGGAACUGCUCGUCUGCCAUGACAUGAUGGGCAACUACCUAGAGGAUCGACAUUUUCACAGCUCGGAAAAGUACGACGACUAUCGAUUCCUGCACUGGUCAGCUGUGGAUUACUUCUGCUACUUUAGCCACGACUACGUGACCAUUCCGCCCAGCGGCUGGCUAAAUGCCGCCCAUCGUCACGGCGUUCCGGUGUUGGGCACGUUCAUUGUGGAGACCUCCCGACUCCUCGAUGAGGUUCUGGAGAACGAGGAAAGAGUUGAUAGGACCGUGGAGGCCUUAACCCGUCUCUGCAAGCAUUUCAGCUUCGAGGGAUGGCUGGUCAAUGUGGAGGUGGAGGUGCCCCAGCGCAAUAUGCCCAAUCUUUACCGCUUUGUCCGGGAACUGACCAACGCCACGGAGUCACGCGUGCCCCAUGGACGUGUCCUUUGGUACGACAGCGUGACGGAAGAUGGGAAACUGAAGUGGCAAAACGAGCUCAACUCCAGAAAUGCGGAGUUCUUCCGGCGCAGCCAUGGAACUCUAAUAAACUACGCCUGGGACACGGGCCACUUGGAGAGGAGUGCUCAGCAAGCCAAAGCGGAAGAUUCACCGCGACAUCGCGUCUUUAUGGGAUUGGAUGUGUUUGGAAGGAGUCGAAAAGGUGGCUUCCAGAGUUUAGAGACGAUGGAACAUAUUGCGGAUAAUGGAUUUUCGGCAGGCAUCUUUGCACCAGCUUGGACCUUUGAGACCCUUAAUCGUUUUGGAUAUAAUAUCAAAAAUCCACGUGGCGAAGAGGAAGUUAAUUCAGCUUUCUUGGCCAGAAACGAAACGUGGUGGGCACGCAUAUGGCCAACUUUGGCCACACACCCAUACCGUUUGCUGCCGUUCUUCACGGACUUUUGUGUGGGUUCCGGACGAGCGAGCUAUGAGCGCGGAUUUCGUAUUUCUGGCGACGAUUCGUCCUUCUUCAAUCUGUCGCGACAGUCGCUGCAACCUUCAGUGCCGCUGGACAAAAAUGCAAUGCAUAAUUUCGAUGAUGCCUUCUCCGGCGGCUGUUCCCUUCUGCUGACCAACUACGAACGUGCCUUCCGGCUUUUUGUCACGGACUUCGAAUUGCCCCAAGGCGUUUUGCUUCUGGGUUAUGCCUAUAAAAUCAAUGGCACUGCCGUGACCACCAACUUUGAUCUGCUAGUACGAGUCACUCCGCUGCAGAGGACCAGCGCAGAGCUUUACAUAUUUUGCGGGGAAUAUAACGGCUCACUGGUGGCUCCACAACGUUGUUAUCUCUCGCCAUAUGAUAGUGUCCUGCCCCGCGUACAUUCCCAAUUGCCGCAGGACCCUAGAUCCCUGGCAGCUGGAUGGAAGGUGCGUUACUACCUGGUUAAGUUUGAUGGACCCGUCAGAGUUCAGGAUAUUGGAGUUAAGUGCCAGAGGCCAGCGGAAUCGAAGGCGGAAGCUCUGUUGGGCGGUGUUUAUGUGGAGGCUCUGUCCCUGGAGGAUUUGCCGGACACGCAUGCGGAUAUUCCAGUCUACGGCAAAAACAUGUGGAAUGAGCUGCGGUCUUAGAGGCCUUGUUGGAUUGAUAUAUAGACAUUUACUUAUACUAUCUGAUUUCUUUUUUUUUUUUUAUCAAUUUUUUGAUAUGUAACUGUGUUCAAAAUAAACUAAUCAAAAUGUA